AUGUGGCUUUACGGUCACGUGCUGACACAAGGCUACUAUUACGCUAACCUGUGGUUCGGCACGCCCGGGCGUCGCUUCGCGGUGAUCGUGGAUACGGGCAGCACCGUUACCUACGUGCCGUGUGCCUCGUGCAGCGAGUGCGGUAGCCACCACCAGGACCUGCCGUUCGAUCCGCAGCAAUCGUCGACGUACCAGUUCGUACCGUGCUCGUCGGAUCAGUGCCCGUACCACGACUGCCAGGACAACUCAGACGAGUGCUCGUACGACCGGCACUACGCGGAGAACAGCAGCAGCAGCGGGCUAAUCGUCUCAGACGUCGUCACCUUCGGAAACGCGUCCACGCUUCCGCCUGCGCGGAUCCUCUUUGGGUGUGAGCUGGCCGAAACGGGCGACAUUUACACGCAGAAGGCGGAUGGGAUUAUGGGCAUGGGGCGCGGGGAGCUUGGGAUUGUGAGCCAACUGUCGGUGGGAGCGGGGAAGGUUAUGGACGAGCAAUUUUCGCUGUGUUAUGGCGGGUCGGAGGGCGGCGGCGGGGCGAUGAUCAUGGGGGUGAUUCAGCCGCCUGCUGGGAUGAAGUUUACCCGGAUGGAUAUGCGCAGUGGCGGCACGUACUACAACGUGAUUCUGAACGCCAUCACGGUGGCUGGCAAGCCGCUGCCUCUGGACAUGUCGGUGUUCCGGUCGGGGUACGGGGUGGUCAUGGACAGCGGUACCACCUUCUCCUACCUCCCCCGCAAGGCCUUUGAGGCCUUCAAAGCCGCUGUGGAUGCAUCAGUGACGGGCGUGCAGAGCGUUCCCGGUGCAGAUUCAGUGUAUCAGGACGUGUGCUACGGCGGCGCCUCCAACAAGAUAGAGGAGCUCUCCAACUACUUCCCCACCGUCUCCCUCACCUUUGAUGGCGACUUGGUCUACGAGCUCACGCCCGAGAACUACCUCUUCCGACAUGUGAAGGUGCCAGGAUCCUACUGCCUAGGCCUGUUCAAGAACAACGACAGGGGAACGCUCAUUGGAGGGAUUAUCAUGCGCAACACACUGGUGACAUACGACCGAAUGAAGAGCCGCAUAGGCAUGCUUAAGACCAACUGCCGAAACCUAUACCAGGAGCUACAGCAGAUAUACACAGAGCAAGGGGCCAAUCCCGCCCCUCUCCCCGAGUAUCUUCUAUCUGAACCGCCCCCCUUGCCGGAUUCUGCCCAUCAAGGGGCUGGGAGGGGUGGAGAUGGUGGGAGUGGAGGGGCAGAGGAAGGCGAGGGGGGUGGAGGAGGGGAGGAGGAGGGAGGAGGAGCGGGUGGGGAGGAUGAGGAUGCGGAUGCAGCAUCGUGUGAUGGCUGCGCGGGCAGCAUUGUGGCGGACCUGCUGGUGGGGCUGCCGCUGCUGCGCUUUGCCCCGCUCGUCAACCCCUUCGUGCACGACCUCUCACGGGAACUAGGACUGCUGGAAGCUCAGGUGACUGUGGUGAGCUUUCACGAGGGGCAAAGUGCGACCCAGCAGCAGCAAGGGGGGGCGGAUGGGAGUGCCAAAGCAGGCGGCGAGGCAGCAACGGGCGUGGAGAGCACGCGUGUGAAUGUGACCAUCCUGCCCUCUCCACCUGAUCUCGUGCUCGCCAAAGACACGGUGCAGCGAGUGGUGAACGUGCUGCAGAGUCCCAUGGCCAUCAGGGAUGUGUUUGGAUCAGUCACAGUGCUACGUGUGCAAGUCGUGCUCAGUGCUCCUGAUACGUCCAGCUCCCCUUUCGUCUGGGUGGGAGUGGGGGCUUUUGCGCUGGUGCUGCUUCUCCUGCUGGUGCUACUUGGGUGCUACUGCUGCAGAAAGCGAUCGGAUGGAAUCAGUGCAAGGGUGGAUGAAGUAGACGAGGAAGAAGGUUUGGCUAGUAACAUUGAUGGGAAGGGAAAUGAUCCUGGGAACGGGGAUAUGGAAGGGGAUGGAGAGAGUGGGAAGGGUGGGAAGGUGGGUGUGUUUGGGAGUGGGAAGGUGCAGGGUGGGUCGGGGGAGGAGGUAUCGAUGUUGAAUGGGGAGGGGCAUGGGGAGGGCCGCAAGGAGAUAUCCGGGUCCGCGGACAUUCUCCGCCAGGCGGGGCUGGAGGGGCCCUACCAGGUGCUAUGCGAGCGCGCGCUUGCGCCGUCCGCGGUGGAAUCGGGGUGCCUUGCGCGGAUCCCCGGGGAGGUGGACAUCCGCCAAGGCCCGCGGAUGGAGCUGGCGGAAGUGCUAGACUCGAUCGGCCGCCCCGCGGACGACGGCGCGGGGGAGGGUGGCGGGGGGGGAGCUGGGGAGGGUUUGUCGCUGCUGCAACCGCUAGCAGUGGAUAUGCUGCUGCGCGCAUUCUCGUUCAGUGACAAAGCAGCAAUCGCUCUGCCCGAUCCAUGUUCCUCCCUUGCUGCUCCUUCUGCUUCCCUUGCUGCUCUCUCUGCUUCCCUUGCUGCUCUCUCUGCUUCCCUUGCUGCUCCCGCUGCUUCCCUUGCUGCUUCGUCUGCUUCCCUUCCUCCCUGCGCUUUCCUUGCUCUCUUUAGAGGCGCUGGCGGCAAGGAGAGGGAGAGAGAGCGAGAAAGGGACUCCAGUAGACACAGGAGUAAAGACAAGUCGAGAGACGGGGAGAGGCGGCAUAAAGAGAAGGAUAGGGAGAAGAAGGAGAAGGAUAGGAAGGAUAAGGAGAAGAAGGAGAGGGAGAGGAGGGAGAGGAAGGAGAGGGAGGAGGCGGAGAGGAGGGAGAAGGAGAAAGCAGAAGGGGUGAGGGUGAAAGGGGAUGAGAGGGAGAGGAAGGAGAGGGAAGCGAGGGAAAAGAGGGAGAGAGAAGAGCGGGAGAGAAAGGAGAGGGAGGAGCGGGAGGGUAAGGAGAAGGAGGAGAGGGAGAGGAAGGUACGGGAGGAAAAGGAGAAAGAACGUGCAAAAGAAAGGGAGAGAGAAAAAGAGAAGGAGAGGGAACGGGACCGUGAGAGAGUGAAGGAGAAAGAGAGGAAGGAGAAGGAGGUUGAGAAGAUCAGGGAAGCAGGCAAACAGCGAAUGGAGAAAUCAGUGGAAGGAGCUGCUGCUGCUGCUGCUGCUGCUGCUGCUGCAGCUGCUGCUGGUUCUGGAGCUGGUGCUUCUGCUGCUGCUGGUGCUGCUGGUGCAGGUCUUGGUGGUGGUGGUGCUGGUGGAAUGCCAGCAGCAGGAGCAGCAGGAUUAGCUGCAGCAGCAGCAGGAGGGGAGGGCGUGGAUCCAAAGAAGCUGAAAAAGAAGUUGUGUCUCUGCGGCAUUCUUGUCCACCACUCGUGGUGCCAUCCCCUCCCUUUCAUUCCGCGUGCUCGCAUCUUCCUUCCACUACUCGUACAUCCUUUUGAGCCGCCACAAAAGUCGCCAUAUGCUGCCGUGCAAGUCCCCCCUCAUUCUCCUCCCUCCGCAUUCCUUCCUCAUCCCCUCAUCCCCUCAUCCGCCCCCCCCUCAUCCAAUCCUCUUUGGCUCUCCCUUAACCGUCACUCCAUUUGUCCCCCAUCGGCCCUCACUUGUCCCCCGUCGGCCCUCACUUGUCCCCCGUCGGCCCUCACUUGUCCCCCGUCGGCCCUCACUUGUCCCCCGUCGGCCCUCACUUGUCCCCCGUCGGCCCUCACUUGUCCCGCGUCGGCCCUCACUUGUCCCCCGUCGGCCCUCACUUGUCCCCCGUCGGCCCUCACUUGUCCCCCGUCGGCCCUCACUUGUCCCCCGUCGGCCCUCACUUGUCCCCCGUCGGCCCUCACUUGUCCCCCGUUGGCCCUCACUUCUCCCCCGUCGGCCCUCACUUGUCCCCCGUCGGCCCUCACUUGUCCCCCGUCGGCCCUCACUUGUCCCCCGUCGGCCCUCACUUGUCCCCCGUCGGCCCUCACUUGUCCCCCGUCGGCCCUCACUUGUCCCCCGUUGGCCCUCACUUGUCCCCCGUCGGCCCUCACUUGUCCCCCGUCGGCCCUCACUUGUCCCCCGUCGGCCCUCACUUGUCCCCCGUCGGCCCUCACUUGUCCUUGUCCUUCCUCAUUCGCCUCCCUCAUCUCUUCCCCGCUGCAUCUUCUCGCAACUGCUCGCUCAGAAGCGGAAGAGGGAUGGCGAGCCGGAGAAGCCUGGCUCAGACAAGAAGCACAAGAAGAAGGUGAUGAGGGGUGA